AUGGACGAUGAGAUUACGGCUAUCGGUGAUACACACAGAAUGCCAAAAUUAUAUGAGUCGGUGCUUCCAGAUCUUGCACGCCUACUUCUCAGUCAGCACUUACCAUCCGUGGAUGGCAAGACUGUUACAGUUGAUGAAUUCGCUGCGGUAGUAGAGAAAGCGACAGCAAAUAUCCAUAGCAAGAGAGUUUUUCUUCAACUUCAAUUACUGCGACCAGACUACGUGCAAUUUCUUGUUGAUCGGCAAGUCUGGGAAACCUUUUGCGGAACUCCAGCCCAGAAAAACAAUCCACACUACAGACCUUUUCCAAGAAAAGAUCCUCGAAUCGAUAACCCUCUUCCUCAAUAUUUUGACCCUAGCGUUCUUACACCCGAUGAUUAUGGUCUCAUAUGUCGAAACAAUUUACACCCAAAUUGUCCCAACUGCACCUGUGGCACCAUUUCUCGAGGUAACCCCGAGAACCAACGCAUUUAUGAAGAUGGAGUUUUUCGGUUGACUACACCUAAAGAGGAAUACAAUGCUUAUCAGGACGAGCUUACCAAGUUUCGUGAGAGACUUGAAGCUAAGUCUAAGAGACUAGGUUAUAAAGACGCUGAUGAGCGGUGGGAGAAGGAGUGUGAGAUUCAACAGGCUGAGGAAGAUGAGAGAAUCAGAAAAGAGGAUGAGCAAAAGAGAAAGGCUGAUCUAGAGGGUACUAAGAUCAAUGAGGUGGAGAUCCCAGAGAUCCCAGAGAUUGUGGAAAAGCCAAAGGAGCCAAAGACAAAGAUAAAAGCUACGACAAAAAAGACUAAGAUGUAUAGUGCGAAAAAGCUUUGUUCUGGUUGUUUCUGCAUGUAG